AUGUUACGCAUAGAAUAUUUCAUAUUAAUUAAUUUAUCGUGUCUAACAGUUAAACAUGUUAAUACGUUACCGUGGUAUAAACGAGUUCAUGGACAUACUGAUAGAUUUCACGAAACUUCUGAUUAUGAAUAUUGCGAAUGCGGAAAAAAAACUACUUCAUCGUUGUCCAGAAUAAUUGGAGGGCGAGAAGUUUUUGAAAACGAAUUUCCCUGGAUGGCUGGUAUUAUAAGUAUCAAUAAAUCACAAGUAAUCUGCGGAGCGUCAAUCAUAAACGAUCGUUAUGUAAUAACUGCAGCCCACUGUAAUAUUAAUGGGGUGAUAGCGGCGGCCCUCUUCAGAUCUUGA